GCCCUGGGCAGACAGGGAGGAUGCUUGAACUUUUCGCCGCCUCGUUCCCGGCUGGUCGGCGCAUGUGCAGAAGCGCUUCCCGAGCGCCCUGACAGCCGGGGCGGGCGAGCCGGGAGCAAGGCGGCCAGCAAAAGAGAAGGCGCCGGGCCGGCAUGGAGGGCCAGGGGACCGGAGGGGAAGACCCGCCGGGGAAAGGUACCCCGAGGCGGGGUGGCAGCGGUGGGGGACGUCCCUCGGAGGAGGAGAGUAAGAAUAAACCCAAGCUGAAUCUACAGAUAAAAACUUUGGCAGAUGAUGUGCGGGACAGAUUAACUAGUUUUAGGAAAUCUGGAGUCAAAAAGGAGAGGCUACUUAUCCAGCAUCCCAUCGACUCACCGGCCUCUAUAAACGAAUUGCCAGUGGCACAGCCACUGUUUGAUGAACGUUCAACGAAUUUAUCGGAAAAAGAGGUUAUGGACCUGUUUGAGAAGAUGAUGGAAGACAUGAAUCUAAAUGAAGAACGAAAAGCUCCUUUACGGAAUAAAGAUUUGACCACGAAACGUGAAAUGGUUGUCCAGUACAUUUCCGCAACUGCCAAAUCUAUAGUUGGAAGCAAAGUUCCGGGUGGCCUGAAAAACAGUAAACACGAGUGCACGCUGUCGUCGCAGGAAUAUGUCCACGAACUGCGAUCGGGUAUCUCAGAAGAAAAACUUCUCAACUGCUUAGAAUCUCUGAGAGUGUCUCUGACGAGCAAUCCAGUAAGUUGGGUUAACAAUUUUGGAUAUGAAGGCCUUGGGCUUCUCCUGGAUGUCCUUGAAAAACUCCUUGAUAAGCGACAGCAAGAAAGUAUUGACAAGAAAAAUCAACAUAAGCUUAUACAGUGCCUCAAAGCCUUUAUGAAUAAUAAGUAUGGACUACAAAGAAUACUGGGAGAUGAACGAAGCCUUCUCUUACUUGCCAGAGCAAUUGAUCCAAAGCAACCCAACAUGAUGACCGAAACGGUGAAAAUACUCUCUGCCAUUUGUAUCGUGGGAGAAGAAAACAUGCUCGACAAAAUUUUAGGAGCUAUAACGAUUGCAGCUGAGAGGAAUAAUGGAGAACGAUUUGCUAACAUAGUGGAGGGGCUCGAAAAUCACGAAGCUCUGCAAUUACAGGUUGCCUGCAUGCAGUUCAUAAAUGCCCUCGUCACAUCUCCAGAAGAGCUUGAUUUUAGGGUACAUUUGAGAAAUGAAUUCCUGCGCUGUGGGCUAAAGAAAAUAUUACCAGCCCUAAAAGAGAAGGAGAAUGAAGAACUUGAUAUUCAGUUGAAAGUAUUUGAUGAAAACAAAGAGGAAGAUUCAAUUGAAAUGGCCCAUCGUCUCAAUGACAUCAAAGUGGAAAUAGACGAUGUGAAUGAAGUUUACCACUUGCUCUAUAACAUGUUGAAAGAAACAGCAUCAGAAAACUACUUUCUAUCCAUUUUACAGCAUUUUUUACUCAUUAGGAAUGAUUAUUAUGUACGCCCUCAGUAUUACAAGAUAAUAGAAGAAUGUGUUACACAAAUAGUGUUGCACUGUAGUGGUAUGGAUCCUGACUUCAAAUAUAGAGGAAGAUUGGAUGUAGACUUCACGCAUCUUGUGGACAGCUGUGUGAACAAAGCAAAAGUUGAAGAAAGUGAGCAAAAGGCAGCUGAUUUUUCCAAAAAGUUUGAUGAAGAAUUCUCAGCUCGGCAGGAAGCACAAGCUGAGCUUCAAAUGCGUGAGGAGAAAAUCCGACAACUUGAAGCUGAAAUCCAACAGUUGCGAACCCAGGGUUCGGCAUCUUCAAGUGCUGGUGCUCCUCCUCCUCCUCCUCCACCACCCCCUCCUCCAUUGCCAUGUGUCCCUCCUCCUCCUCCUCCACUACCUGAAGGUGCAGCUCCUCCUUUACCUGGAGGGCUACCACCACCACCACCUCCUCCUCCUCCUCCUCCUAUGUUUGGUGGUGCACCACUGCCCCCACCUCCUCCUUUUGGGGGGAUACCUUCUGUAGUAACCGCGCCAGUGCUGCCUUUUGGGAUGAAGCCAAAGAAGAAAUACAACCCAGAUGUAACUAUGAAGAGAAUCAACUGGGCCAAGGUUGAACCACAUGAAAUACAAGAACACUGUUUUUGGGUAAAAGCUAAGGAUGAAAAAUUUGAAAAUCCGGAUCUGUUUGCCAAAUUGGCACUCACUUUUGCCACACAGAUGAAGGUGAAAAAGACGGUGGAGAAUGUGGAGGAGAAGAAGAUAACGAUGCCCAAGAAGAAAGUGAAAGAAUUAAGAAUAUUGGAUGGGAAGACUGCCCAAAAUUUGUCUAUUUUCCUGGGAUCUUUCCGCAUGCCUUACGAAGAAAUAAAGCACAUUAUAUUAGAAGUGGAUGAAGCAAAACUAAGUGAAGCAUUAAUUCAGAACUUGGUUAAAAAUCUCCCUGAACAAAAAGAACUUAAUGCCUUAGCUGAACUGAAGAACGAAUAUGAUGAUCUCUGUGAGUCGGAACAGUUUGGGGUUGUGAUGAGCUCAGUGAAACUGCUGCAGCCUCGUCUCAACGGGAUCCUUUUCAAGCUCACGUUUGAAGAGCACAUCAACAACAUCAAGCCGGGCAUCAUGGCUGUCACGAUCGCGUGUGAGGAGCUGAAGAAGAGUGAAAGCUUCACUAAGCUUUUAGAACUGGUGCUAAUGAUUGGGAACUACAUGAAUUCCGGCUCAAGAAAUGCCCAAUCGCUGGGUUUUAAUAUUAGUUUCCUUUGCAAGAUUAGAGACACAAAAUCAACUGAUCAAAAAACAACCCUGCUGCAUUUCCUGGCUGAUAUUUGUGAAGAGAAAUAUCAAGACAUCCUAAAAUUCCCUGAUGAACUUGAACAUGUAGAAAGUGCAAGCAAAGUUUCAGCUCAAAUUCUUAAAAGCAAUCUUGAUUCCAUGGGACAGCAGAUACAGCGUUUGGAAAAUGACAUCAAGAAAUUCCCCCAAAUACAAGAUCCUCGUGAUAAAUUCGUCGAAAAAAUGAUCAGUUUUGCCAAGAGUGCCAGAGAACAGUAUGAAAAGUUAUCAAACAUGCAUAACAACAUGAUAAAGCUGUAUGAUAAUUUGGGAGACUAUUACACUUUUGAUUCCAAAUCUGUGACCGUGGAGGAAUUCUUUGGAGAUCUAAGUGCAUUCCGGACAUUAUUCUUGGAUGCGUUGAAGGAAAACCAUAAAAGAAGAGAAAUGGAGGAAAAGACCAAGAGAGCCAAACUUGCCAAAGAAAAAGCAGAACGCGAAAAAUUGGAACGGCAGAAGAAGAAAAAGCAGCUGAUUGACAUGAAUAAAGAAGGGGAUGAGACGGGAGUGAUGGAUAAUCUAUUGGAAGCCCUGCAGUCUGGAGCAGCGUUCCGGGAUCGCAGAAAACGAAUGCCAAGGCCUCAAGAUAACCGGAAAGUAAAUUUAGAAAGGUCCCGAUCCCGUCACAAUGGAACAAUUGCAGCAGUAUGAUCUCUCCAUCACCCCCAUGCCAAAGAACUUCUAUUUUGUUCACUUCCCAUGGAGAACAUGAUGUAAACGGAGCAAGAAGAUCAACCGUGAGCAGAAAUUAAAACUUAAGUCCUGAAGGAUGAAAUAUUUUUUACGAACCUUUCUGUAUAGAAGAGACAGAAAGAAAAAAAGAAAAAAAAACCAGCUUCGUAUAUAUUACGAAGAAAAACUUCAAGAGCUAAAAGCAGUGUUAUAAAACAGCACUAUUUCUUCUUCCUCCUCCUCCUCUUCUUUUUCCCUUUUAGUAUUGCCGUUGUGUGGGCAACCAAGGAUGCAGAUACGAAUGAGGGAGUUAUUUGCAGCUCUCCCAAAUGAUGAGAAUGAUAAUUUUUUUCCCCAGUUUUUCAAUUAACAGCAUCGAAAGAUCAGGUCAGCGAUUCAGUUUUAAUUCUUAUUUUGACAUAAAAGGAAAAAAAAAUCAGCAUAUUAAUGAAUUUAGACGAACUGAUACAGUAGAUAAGACCCUGUCUCUUUGGAAACACAGGGGAACAGUAUCCUGUCGAUUUUUCACGAUUCCUAUUUCAGGGUUUUGAGCAGGAUGGAUUCAGCUCUUUGAGUUUCAAUCAAAACUUUAUUACAACUCUUCAGCCUCAGUGGUAGAAAGAUAUUUAUAGCUGCUUUAAAGCAAGAUUGUAGGAUUGAAUCAAAGUUAGACUGCACCCUUUGCAAAUUCAACUAAAGAAGGAAUUUUAAAUUGGGCACAUAUAUAAACUUUACAUUUCUAGUUUGAGAGAGAGAAAAUCUUUUCAGACUACUUUGUUUUAAUCUUUGUUUAAUAUUUUGGAGUUUAAAAUCUAUCAAGGAGUAAGGAAUCAGAAUUAGUUUUCUUUAGCUUAGUCACACAAACUUUACACAAUCUUUGGGCUAACAAAAUCCUAAUGAAGAAAGAGACAGGAGGGGAAAAAAAACCUGAACACCACUCACAAGCAUACAACUCUCCUAUGUAUUUGGACUAUUUUAUGAUUUACAGCAAUUCUCACCAAUAAGUUUACAGAAGUAACUUUGAAGCACUUUGGAGGUAGCAAAGGAAGGGUGAUAUUACCAUUUUUAAGUGUUAUUUGAAACUCAGGCCAACCAGUAACAAAAUUAUCACACCACAUCUAAGAUUCCUAACUAGUUUUUAUUUUUUAUUUUUUCAAAACUUCUACCGUGUACAUCAAUUGUCUACAUUAAAUGCAUGAAUUUUCCAUUUUAA